AUGGUCUCAGCAGAAGGUACAAGGCCCAUAAAAGAAAAGGUCAGUGCAAUUUUAAAUUUUCCAUUACCCAAAACUGUACGACAGCUCAGAAGAUAUCUUGGUAUAUUGAAUUUUUAUCGGCGAUUCAUACCAAACGCUGUUCAAGUACAGACGCCACUGCAUCUUCUAUUAAUGGGAGAAAAUGUAAAGCCAUCUACGCUCAUCACCUGGAAACCAAAACUCGAGCAAUGUUUCGCAGAAAGUAAGGCAAGUUUGGCAAAUGCCAGUUUAUUAGCUCAUCGCGAUCCGACAACAGAAUUGGCGAUUGCUACCGACGCAUCAGAUAGUGCUGUAGGAGCAGUUUUACAACAGAAGAUUGACUCAGGCUGGAUACCGUUAGCAUUCUUCUCCAAAAAGUUUAACACAGCUCAAAGGAAGUAUAGCCCGUAUGAUAGAGAGCUGCUAGCUAUUGUUAGUAUUGAUUUGUUUGACUUCCUAAUGUCAUAG